AUGGACACUCACUUCAGUGGUGCCACCACACCCUCAACAGUCACUUCAAGUGAUGCCACCUCUCCCUCUCCCUCAACUACAUUGACUUUCACUUCAAGUGUUACCACCACUACUACACCGACAGAAAUAUUAACUGUGGCCAACAUUCUCUCAACUACAUCGACAGUCACUUCAAGUGAUGCCACUACACCCUCAACAUUCACUUCAAGUGGUGCCACCGCUACCACAUCAACAUCAGCAUUCACUUCAAGUGAUGCCACCACUCCCUCAACAUCAAUAUUCACUUCAAGUAAUGGCACCUCUCCCUCAACAUCAAUAUUCACUUCAAUUGAUGCCACCAAUCCCUCAACUACAACGACAUCAACUUCAAAUGAUGCCACCACUACUACACUGACAUUAACAGUCAUUUCAAGCGAUUCCACCACUCCCUCAAAUGCCUCUUCAAGUGAUGCCACCACUCCCUCAUCUACAUCAAUAGUCACUUCAAGUGAUGCCACAGCUACUACAUCAACAUCAGCAGUCACUUCAAGCGAUAUCACUGUUCCUUCAACAUUUACUUCAAGUGGUGCCACUGAUACUACAUCAGCAUUCAGUUCAAGUGAUGCCAUCUCUCCCUCGACAUCAACAGUCACUUUAAGUGAUGGCACCACUCCCUCAACAGUGUCUUCAAGUGAUGCCACCGCUACUUCAUCAACAUCAGCAGUCUCCUCAAGUGAUGCCACCAAUCCCUCAACUGCAUUGACAUCAACUUCAAAUGAUGCCACCUCUCCCUCGACAUCAAUAUUCACUUCAAGUGAUGCCACCUCUCCCUCGACAUCAAUCUUCACUUCAAUUGAUGCCACCUCUCACUCAACUACAUCGAUAGUCACUUCAGACGAUACUACAUCAACAACCACUUCAAAUGUUGCCACCACUGCCUCAACAGUCACUUCAAGUGAUGCCAUCACUCCCUCAACUACACUGAUAGUAACUUCAGAAAAUGCCACAUGGACACCCACUUCAGGUGAUGCAACCUCUUCCUCAACUACAUCAACAUUCACUUCAAGUGAUGCCACCUCUCCCUCAACUCCCUCAACUACUUUCACUUCAAGUGUUACCACCACUACUACACCGACAGAAAUAUUAACUGUGGCCAACAUUCUCUCAACUACAUCGACAGUCACUUCAAGUGAUGCCACUACACCCUCAACAUUCACUUCAAGUGGAGACACUGCUACCACAUCAACAUCAGCAUUCACUUCAAGUGAUGCCACCACUCCCUCAAAAUCAAUAUUCACUUCAAGUAAUGGCACCUCUCCCUCGACAUCAAUAUUCACUUCAAGUGAUGACACCAAUCCCUCAACUGCAACGACAUCAACUUCAAAUGAUGCCACCACUACUACACCGACAUUAACAGUCAUUUCAAGCGAUUCCACCACUCCCUCAAAAGCCUCUUCAAGUGAUGCCACCACUCCCUCAUCUACAUCAAUAGUCACUUCAAGUGAUGCCACAGCUACUACAUCAACAUCAUCAGUCACUUCAAGCGAUAUCACUGUUCCUUCAACAUUUACUUCAAGUGGUGCCACCGAUACUACAUCAGCAUUCAGUUCAAGUGAUGCCAUCUCUCCCUCGACAUCAACAGUCACUUUAAGUGAUGGCACCACUCCCUCAACAGUCUCUUCAAGUGAUGCCACCGCUACUUCAUCAACAUCAGCAGUCUCCUCAAGUGAUGCCACCAAUCCCUCAACUGCAUUGACAUCAACUUCAAAUGAUGCCACCUCUCCCUCGACAUCAAUAUUCACUUCAAGUGAUGCCACCUCUCCCUCGACAUCAAUCUUCACUUCAAUUGAUGCCACCUCUCACUCAACUACAUCGAUAGUCACUUCAGACGAUACUACAUCAACAACCACUUCAAAUGUUGCCACCACUGCCUCAACAGUCACUUCAAGUGAUGCCAUCACUCCCUCAACUACACUGAUAGUAACUUCAGAAAAUGCCACAUGGACACUCACUUCAGGUGAUGCAUCCUCUUCCUCAACUACAUCAACAUUCACUUCAAGUGGUGCCACCACUCCCUCAACAGUAGCUUCAAGUGAUGCCACUGCUACUGCAUCAACAUCAGCAGUCUCUUCAAGUGAUGCCACCACUCCUUCUACAGUCAAUUCAAGCAAUCCCACCACUCCCUCAACAGUCACUUCAAGUGUUGCCAUCUCUUCCUCGACAUCAAUCUUCACUUCAAAUGUUGCCACCACUGCCUCAACAGUCACUUCAAGUGAUGCCAUCACUCCCUCAACUACACUGAUAGUAACUUCAGAAAAUGCCACAUGGACACCCACUUCAGGUGAUGCAACCUCUUCCUCAACUACAUCAACAUUCACUUCAAGUGGUGCCACCACACCCUCAACAGUCACUUCAAGUGAUGACACCUCUCCCUCAACUACAUUGACUUUCACUUCAAGUGUUACCACCACUACUACACCAACAGAAAUAUUAACUGUGGCCAACCUUCUCUCAACUACAUCGACAGUCACUUCAAGUGAUGCCACUACACCCUCAACAUUCACUUCAAGUGGUGCCACCGCUACCACAUCAACAUCAGCAUUCACUUCAAGUGAUGCCACCACUCCCUCAACAUCAAUAUUCACUUCAAGUAAUGGCACCUCUCCCUCGACAUCAAUAUUCACUUCAAGUGAUGCCACCAAUCCCUCAACUGCAACGACAUCAACUUCAAAUGAUGCCACCACUACUACACCGACAUUAACAGUCAUUUCAAGCGAUUCCACCACUCCCUCAAAAGCCUCUUCAAGUCAUGCCACCACUCCCUCAUCUACAUCAGCAAUAUUCACUUCAAGUGAUGCCACCUCUCCCUCGACAUCAAUCUUCACUUCAAUUGAUGCCACCUCUCACUCAACUACAUCGAUAGUCACUUCAGACGAUACUACAUCAACAACCACUUCAAAUGUUGCCACCACUGCCUCAACAGUCACUUCAAGUGUUGCCAUCACUCCCUCAACUACACUGAUAGUAACUUCAGAAAAUGCCACAUGGACACUCACUUCAGGUGAUGCAUCCUCUUCCUCAACUACAUCAACAUUCACUUCAAGUGGUGCCACCACUCCCUCAACAGUAGCUUCAAGUGAUGCCACUGCUACUGCAUCAACAUCAGCAGUCUCUUCAAGUGAUGCCACCACUCCUUCUACAGUCACUUCAAGCAAUCCCACCACUCCCUCAACAGUCACUUCAAGUGUUGCCAUCUCCUCGACAUCAAUCUUCACUUCAAAUGUUGCCACCACUGCCUCAACAGUCACUUCAAGUGAUGCCAUCACUCCCUCAACUACACUGACAGUAACUUCAGAAAAUGCCACAUGGACACCCACUUCAGGUGAUGCAACCUCUUCCUCAACUACAUCAACAUUCACUUCAAGUGGUGCUACCACACCCUCAACAGUCACUUCAAGUGAUGCCACCUCUCCCUCAACUACAUUGACUUUCACUUCAAGUGGUGCCACCACACCCUCAACAGUCUCCUCAAGUGAUGCCACCAAUCCCUCAACUGCAUUGACAUCAACGUCAAAUGAUGCCACCUCUCCCUCGACAUCAAUAUUCACUUCAAUUGAUGCCACCUUUCCUUCUACAUUCACUUCAAGCAACCCCACCACUCCCUCAACAGUCACUUCAAGUGAUAUCUUCACUUCAAUUGAUGCCACCUCUCACUCAACUACAUCGAUAGUCACUUCAGACGAUACUACAUCAACAACCACUUCAAAUGUUGCCACCACUGCCUCAACAGUCACUUCAAGUGAUGCCAUCACUCCCUCAACUACACUGAUAGUAACUUCAGAAAAUGCCACAUGGACACCCACUUCAGGUGAUGCAACCUCUUCCUCAACUACAUCAACAUUCACUUCAAGUGGUGCCACCACACCCUCAACAGUCACUUCAAGUGAUGACACCUCUCCUCAACCAGUCACUUCAAGCGAUAUCACUGUUCCUUCAACAUUUACUUCAAGUGGUGCCACCGAUACUACAUUAGCAUUCAGUUCAAGUGAUGCAAUUUCUCCCUCGACAUCAACAGUCACUUUAAGUGAUGGCACCACUCCCUCAACAGUCUCUUCAAGUGAUGCCACCGCUACUUCAUCAACAUCAGCAGUCUCCUCAAGUGAUGCCACCAAUCCCUCAACUGCAUUGACAUCAACUUCAAAUGAUGCCACCUCUCCCUCGACAUCAAUAUUCACUUCAAGUGAUGCCACCUCUCCCUCGACAUCAAUCUUCACUUCAAUUGAUGCCACCUCUCACUCAACUACAUCGAUAGUCACUUCAGACGAUACUACAUCAACAACCACUUCAAAUGUUGCCACCACUGCCUCAACAGUCACUUCAAGUGAUGCCAUCACUCCCUCAACUACACUGAUAGUAACUUCAGAAAAUGCCACAUGGACACUCACUUCAGGUGAUGCAUCCUCUUCCUCAACUACAUCAACAUUCACUUCAAGUGGUGCCACCACUCCCUCAACAGUAGCUUCAAGUGAUGCCACUGCUACUGCAUCAACAUCAGCAGUCUCUUCAAGUGAUGCCACCACUCCUUCUACAGUCACUUCAAGCAAUCCCACCACUCCCUCAACAGUCACUUCAAGUGUUGCCAUCUCUUCCUCGACAUCAAUCUUCACUUCAAAUGUUGCCACCACUGCCUCAACAGUCACUUCAAGUGAUGCCAUCACUCCCUCAACUACACUGAUAGUAACUUCAGAAAAUGCCACAUGGACACCCACUUCAGGGGAUGCAACCUCUUCCUCAACUACAUCAACAUUCACUUCAAGUGGUGCCACCACACCCUCAACAGUCACUUCAAGUGAUGCCACCUCUCCCUCAACUACAUUGACUUUCACUUCAAGUGUUACCACCACUACUACACCAACAGAAAUAUUAACUGUGGCCAACAUUCUCUCAACUACAUCGACAGUCACUUCAAGUGAUGCCACUACACCCUCAACAUUCACUUCAAGUGGUGCCACCGCUACCACAUCAACAUCAGCAUUCACUUCAAGUGAUGCCACCACUCCCUCAACAUCAAUAUUCACUUCAAGUAAUGGCACCUCUCCCUCAACAUCAAUAUUCACUUCAAGUGAUGCCACCAAUCCCUCAACUGCAACGACAUCAACUUCAAAUGAUGCCACCACUACUACACUGACAUUAACAGUCAUUUCAAGCGAUUCCACCACUCCCUCAAAUGCCUCUUCAAGUGAUGCCACCACUCCCUCAUCUACAUCAAUAGUCACUUCAAGUGAUGCCACAGCUACUACAUCAACAUCAGCAGUCACUUCAAGCGAUAUCACUGUUCCUUCAACAUUUACUUCAAGUGGUGCCACCGAUACUACAUCAGCAUUCAGUUCAAGUGAUGCCAUCUCUCCUACAUCAACAGUCACUUUAAGUGAUGGCACCACUCCCUCAACAGUCUCUUCAAGUGAUGCCACCGCUACUUCAUCAACAUCAGCAGUCUCCUCAAGUGAUGCCACCAAUCCCUCAACUGCAUUGACAUCAACUUCAAAUGAUGCCACCUCUCCCUCGACAUCAAUAUUCACUUCAAGUGAUGCCACCUCUCCCUCGACAUCAAUCUUCACUUCAAUUGAUGCCACCUCUCACUCAACUACAUCGAUAGUCACUUCAGACGAUACUACAUCAACAACCACUUCAAAUGUUGCCACCACUGCCUCAACAGUCACUUCAAGUGAUGCCAUCACUCCCUCAACUACACUGAUAGUAACUUCAGAAAAUGCCACAUGGACACCCACUUCAGGUGAUGCAACCUCUUCCUCAACUACAUCAACAUUCACUUCAAGUGAUGCCACCUCUCCCUCAACUACAUUGACUUUCACUUCAAGUGUUACCACCACUACUACACCGACAGAAAUAUUAACUGUGGCCAACAUUCUCUCAACUACAUCGACAGUCACUUCAAGUGAUGCCACUACACCCUCAACAUUCACUUCAAGUGGAGACACUGCUACCACAUCAACAUCAGCAUUCACUUCAAGUGAUGCCACCACUCCCUCAAAAUCAAUAUUCACUUCAAGUAAUGGCACCUCUCCCUCGACAUCAAUAUUCACUUCAAGUGAUGACACCAAUCCCUCAACUGCAACGACAUCAACUUCAAAUGAUGCCACCACUACUACACCGACAUUAACAGUAAUUUCAAGCGAUUCCACCACUCCCUCAAAAGCCUCUUCAAGUGAUGCCACCACUCCCUCAUCUACAUCAAUAGUCACUUCAAGUGAUGCCACAGCUACUACAUCAACAUCAGCAGUCACUUCAAGCGAUAUCACUGUUCCUUCAACAUUUACUUCAAGUGGUGCCACUGAUACUACAUCAGCAUUCAGUUCAAGUGAUGCCAUCUCUCCCUCGACAUCAACAGUCACUUUGAGUGAUCAACAGUCUCUUCAAUCACUUCAAGUGAACACCUCUCCCUCAACUACAUUGACUUUCACUUCAAGUGUUACCACCACUACUACACCAACAGAAAUAUUAACUGUGGCCAACCUUCUCUCAACUACAUCGACAGUCACUUCAAGUGAUGCCACUACACCCUCAACAUUCACUUCAAGUGGUGCCACCGCUACCACAUCAACAUCAGCAUUCACUUCAAGUGAUGCCACCACUCCCAAACAUCAAUAUUCACUUCAAUGUUACCACCACUACUACACCGACAGAAAUAUUAACUGUGGCCAACAUUCUCUCAACUACAUCGACAGUCACUUCAAGUGA